UUUCCCGAUGACCUGUAAACUAGAGUUGAUCAACAAAGAGCCAUUUUACGUACCAGGAUCUUAUAUCGAAGGCAAACUAAACUGUUCUUUCAGUAAGAAGCGUGAGAUUGAGCUGAUUGAAGUGAGAUUCUUCGGAAGAGAAUCCGCAAAUUAUAAAGUAACACACGAGGUCCUUUUCAACUCAGACAGGAGUAUUUGCUAUACCCAUACAGUAAUUCUGAGAUCCUCGACUGUCGAACGAGGAAAACGUGUCUUUAAUUUCAAGAUUCAGAUACCGUCUCACAUCCCUUCAACUUAUGUGAGUGAAUAUGGUAGCAUCAGAUACCAUCUGGAAGGGCUGCUGAUGUUAACCCAAACGAGGGUAGAUUCCUCGCAAGUGUCAAUCCAAAUUUUCUCCCCGAUUGACGUAAAGAGCUUCUCGUCUGAUCUACACAGAUCAGCGAAAAUAACGGAGCAGAAAGAUCUACUUGGUAUUUGCGGAGGAAGUGGACAUAUAUCAGCAGUUGUACAGGUUGAGAAGAAGGUGUUCCUUUGUGGGGAAUCGAUUAACAUGAAUGUUACCAUAAAUAAUUCUUCAGGAGUUCCAGUGAGAUUCAUUAGAGCUACUCUGACAAAAUCAGCUUCUUGUAAGCUAGCAGAUGGAGAAUACGACAUAAGUAAAGAAAAAAUGAUAAUAUCGAAGAAAUUCAAGGCUAACGUCGGUAAAGGUGAGGAAAAAACAGUAGCAGUAUCGUUGAAAAUUCCCGAAGAUCUUCAACUACCCAAUUUGAAGCACAGUGAACUGUUCAAGAUGAAAUAUUGGAUGCAUGUUUGUAUCAUAUUCCAGACUUUCUGGCAUAGACCUCUUGACAUAUGUUUCAAGGUCUAUCUGGGACAUCUGCCUCUGAAUUUUUGAACUUCUUCUUCAAAUAUAUAAUGAA